UUUUCUUAAUUGAUUUCUUUUUCCUAUUAUUCUUGCUUUUGCUACUAGAAUCUUUUGUUUUUUGUAAAAAUUUGCAAAAGUGUUUAAAUUAUAGUUUUUUAACUGUUUAGGAUAUUUUAUUCAAAAAUUAUGAUCACUCGAAGCAAAGCCAAACAACAAAAUAUUCAAGAUCAGCAAAAUUUGACUAAAGAAAAUAAUCAAAAGACAAAUCAACAGCCAGGCAAUCAAAACAACCAACAAACAGGACAAACCUCUCGUGGAAACAACCAACAACAACCUGCUCUAAAUCCAGUCAAAACUAACAAUAAGGAACGUACAGACCAUGCUGGAAUUCCAACGAUUGGGGAAAUCAGCAAAUGUUUAAUUUGUUGUCAUCGUUCCGAUCUUUUUGGACUUGGGGAGUGUAUGCAUCCGAUUUGUAUGAAAUGUUCACUGCGUAUCCGGGUGUUUGGAGAAAAAAAACAAUGCCCACAAUGUCAGACUGACAUCCCUAUUCUUUACUAUGUAUCUGCUCCUCAAGGUCAAAAACAUCUUUUAAAACUCCCAACAAAUUGUAUUGACCAUGUCGAAUAUGAAGCUAAAUUUUCUGUCCGUUUUGAUUCAAAAUAUGCCUUGGAAUGCUUUGAUUCUUUUUUGGAUAAACGUCGCAAGGAAUGUGUUGAGAGACUAAAUGAAUGGGUCUUUUUUGACCCAACUAAGAAAAGCAAAACUAGCAUCAUACACGGCCAAUUCAAAUAUAUUUUUAGAAAAAACGGAAUUUGGCGCUGCUCCAAGAACCCAAUUAAGGUGUAUAAAUGCAAUGCUUAUUUAAGAGAAUUUCAAAAAAAUUACAUUUUGUGUGCUGAUCACACGUGCGAUUUGGUAAGUUUUCUGUGGUAUAAAUCGUAUUCAUACAUUAAAAAUGUUGGGGAAAUUUUUUUAUUUUUUUGAGAAAUUUUAACUUUUUGUUCAAUUUUUCGAAUCCAAAAUUUCAUGCACAAAUUUUGGGUGUGCCUCCCUCUCCUUUUGAGAUCCAACCUCUUUUGCUACUAAUGUUUAAAAUUA